UUAUAAUUGGCUUGAUUGUCAUUGGUGAAAAAUAACGGUGAGGAAAAAAUAUUAGCAUUCCAGCAUGCUAACCUUUCAAUGUAUUUUUGCUUCGCUAAUUUUGCAGCUGUAACCCUUAAGAGUCAUAUAACUUGGUAUUGUUCCGCUCUCAUUGGGGUCCUUCAGGCAUUGGAGGGGCUUCCGGAGGGAAGGUUCUAGUAGGGGGGAAUACAUUUGGCGUGAAAAGGCCUUCAAGAACAUGAAGCGCAAUUAUAGGAGAAGCCGCCAACCAGCAGGGGGCAGUGUUGACCAUCUAUGGCGAACUCGUGAACAGGAAGCUACUUGAGUACUUCCGCCGUCCUCACCGCCCUUCACCACUCCAACAUGGCGCACUGUCACGGCUUAAGCCCGCUUUUUCUACGCGGUUCUCUGCGAGGAGUCUUUAGUUUCCACAAACGGCAACCAGGACCCGCAGUCGCCGUUGUAGGCCGCAGGACAGUUUGUGUCAGCGCACCGGAAGCCACGCAGGCGGUAAUUGAAGAGUCCACGGACGAAUACUCAUUUGUCGAGCGUCUCAUACCGCCGACACGCGUCCCAACUCCGCCCAAACACGCCGGGCCGAGCCCGUCCGGCUGGACACCCCCGGCGGAGUCGCCGCCGUCUCUUCCUUACAUGAUACGCCGCUCCCGCAUGCACAACAUUCCCGUCUACACGGACCUGACCCACGGCAACCGCAAGAUGACGUUGGUCCGGAAGGUGGAAGGUGACAUCUGGGCUCUGGAGAAAGACGUCAAGGAGUACCUGAAGCACGUGACCGGCCAAGAACUGGUCACGCAGGUUAACGAGGUGACGAUGACGCUGAAGGUCAAAGGUCAUUUUGACAAGGAGCUGAAGGAACUGUUGACCACGAAAGGCUUCUGAAGGACCGGCGGACUUUUGACACCUAACAGGUCACCAACCUUUUUGAAGCCAAGAGCUACUUCUUGGGUACUGAUUAAUGGGAAGGGCUACCAGUUUGAUACACACUUAAAUAAAUUGCCAGAAAUAGCCAAUUCGCUCAAUUUACCUUUAAUAAAUAAAUCUAUAUACAGUAUAUAAAAAAAAUGGGUAUUUCUGUCUGUCAUUCCGUCGUACAUAUUUUUUCCUUUUACGGAAGUUUUUUUGUAGAGAAUAAAUGAUGAAAAAACCAUUUAAUUGAACGGUUUAAAAGAGGAGAAAACACACAAAAAAGGAAAAUUAAAUUUUGAAACAGUUUACCGUAUAUCUUUGAAUUGCCGCCAUGGCACUAAUUAAUUUAAAACCUCUUCUCACUCCAACACUUACCAAAGGCAUGCAGUAAACAUUUGAGAGUGAUGUAAGCCUGGACUUUAAAUCGUACUGAAUAGCUCUUAAUCUUCUUCCCUUUAUGCGAUUUCAAAUUACCGGUAUAUAAAUCAGCCUCCUCCAUUUUGAAAAUGAUGACAGGGGAAGUGUCACUCGUGACGUCACGAGUUUGACCAGGCGGUAAUACUAAGCAUGCGCUAAUUAUUUUGCGAAGCGAGUUUGACCCGGCAGUAAUUCAAGGCAGGCGCAUACUAUACGCCCUGCGGCAAUUCAAGGAAAUACGGUAUCUUCAAUUUCGACUCUUUGAAAUUCAAAAUUCAACCCAAAAAAAUUGAGAAAACCUAGCUAAUUUGAAUCUUUUUGAAAAAAUUUAAAAAAAUAUAUAUGUGACAUUAUUAGUAAUUUUUCCUGGUUAAAAUUAAUUUUAGAGUUUUGAAGACAUGUUUUAAACAGGUUAAAAUCCAAUCUGCACUUUGUUAGAAUAUAUAACAAAUUGCACCAAGCUAUAUUUCUAGCAAAGACAAAUCAUUAUUUCUUCAUGAUUUUCCAGAACGCUCAAAUUGCUAGAUCAAAUUCCGUCGAUUGUAAGUUGUUGUUUUUUUGCUUGUUUUAUGCCCCUUAAGUCAGAUACGUUUUAAUGGAAAACGCACAAAAUGUACACCAUUUUACCCACAAAAAUUUCAAAGUGGAAUAUUUGGUGUGAAGUAAUUGGAGCCUUUAAUAGGUCAAUAAUUCAUAACAUUGAUUUUGAUUCAUUAUUAUUAAAAAACAGUCUACAUGGCAGCUGCUUGUUAUUAGAGUCAACAUUGCAACCUGAAUGCUCCACUUUUUUGUAUGUCUUUUUUAUUAACAGUAUUUAAGAAUUAGCUUCGGGCCGCACUUUGGACACUUCAUCUAAAGCAAAGAAUAAAUAAUAAAUACCUGUAUUAUCCCUCUUAUUCCUUGUGUCCUGUACACGAGCUAAAGGAUGUUAUGGCUCUACAAGGAUAAUGUCAACAGCCAAGCGUUAAGGUCUAUUCAUCUUUAUUUUCUUAAAUACAGGACAAAACAAUAACAUGUAUAAAAGUGUGAUCAAAUGUAGCACUAUAUUUUUAAUAAAUGUUGAUCCAGCCAUUCAUUGGUGCAUGGAUGAAUGAA